AUUCUGGGUUUGUGUGAAACUGGUCGUUUGGUUAAAAAACCCAAGCAUAAUUCUGUUUCACAGUUUUGUGUAGAUAAGAUAGCCAAGCUCACAAUUGAGUGUCAAGAGCAUCUCAAAAAGAUUAAAACAAACAUACAGAAAUGGCGACCACAACUGCUUCAACUCUCUCGUGGGCUUCAUCAUCUUGCCUUCAAAAUCACAACUUUACUAACAAAAAGCUCACUCAAACCCCCAUUGUCAGCCCAGUCUUUGUCAUUGUAGCUCAAAAGAAAGCAAAGAAGACACGAAAGAUUAUAUUGAAGGAAGAUGUUGUGGAUGUGGGAAAGAAAGGGCAGCUCUUGGAUGUUAAAGCUGGAUAUUACAGGAAUUUUCUUCUCCCUUCUGGAAAGGCUCAAAUUGUUACUACUUCACUUAUCAAAGAAAUGAAGAUGGAAGACGAAAGAAUUGAGGCUGAAAAGAAAAGGGUAAAAGAAGAGGCGCAACAACUAGCUCUAAUUUUUGAAACCGUUGGAGCUUUUAAGGUGAAGCGAAAGAUUGGGAAAGGGAAACAAAUAUUUGGAACUGUCACAGCUCAAGAUCUGGUUGAUAUAAUCAAGGCACAGCUUCAAAGAGACAUCGAUAAAAGAAUUGUUACUAUUCCGGACAUUAGAGAAACAGGAGAGUAUGUGGCAGAGUUAAAGCUUCACCCUGAUGUCUCUGCUCGAGUGAGAUUGACUGUGUUUGGAAACUAAGAACAUGCAUCUUCUGGAGUCCACUUGCUGGAUAAAAGGUUACAGUGUGCUCAGUGGUUACAAGGAGAGGAACACUUCCAAACACAUUUUGAUUGACAAAGAACUUUCUGAAUAUGGACAUAUAUGUAAGUCAUGUUUUGUAUCCAGAGAGAGAUGCUAAUUUGAGAUCUGCCCACUUUCAGCACCUUUUUGUUUUUGCUGGUACAUUAUCGCAUUAACCAGUUGCAAUUGUAAUACUACUAUAUCUUGUGUUCGAUAAUUUAUUGAAAGUAAAUGCUUAGUUUUCGACAA